AAUUUGACAAUAUGGGAUGAGAAUGGCCUCAGAACAGCAAGUCAAAAGUCAAUUGCAAGGAUAUCUUGGCUCCGACCCAGCAUUACUCGAAACGCAAAGCAUCGACAACUCGGCGACGGUCGUUUGGCACAUGGAGACGUGGCCAAUAUGUAAAGCUCUUGGUUGAACCGGUUCAAUUGAACUGAUCAUGUUUGUACGACUGUGGACAUUGAUCCGAUCGAUGCGAGAACGGUAAACCUCGCGAUCAAGACAUUAUCGACCGUGGAUAACUGGCAGACCUUACCAAGAAGGGACGCUUGCUACUGAGGAUGAGGAGCCUAAGGACGGUUUUCGGCUUUCUGUGCCGUGCAGGAAUCCUCGCUGCGGCCAGUCUGUCGAGCAGGUCUAGCUCGAUAGAAGCCUGCUCCGAGUUUGCCGCGUCUGUGUCGGAUCUCCCCGUAGGCAGCAGCAUCUCAGAGUCCGCCUUUGUGCCAGCCAACUCCAUCACUGUAGAAGGCACCAACAACAGCCUGGCGUUUUGUCGCAUCUAUGGCCAAGUCGCCUACCGAGCCAACAACACCGUCAACUUUCAACUAUGGCUGCCGUCCAAAGACCAUUAUAAUGGAGAUUUCCUGGUUGUGGGAAACGGCGGUCUUGGUGGCUCCAUGAUGGAGGAGUGGAUGAUGAAGCAUCUGCAUUUCGGUUUUGCCAUUGCUGCCGGGGACUCGGGUCACAGCGUGGCCGACAAUGGCGGAGAAGUAACAGCACGUCCUGGACUCGACCUGCCAUUCAUGCACGAUCCAGACCAGCUCCUGGCCUGGAUCAGAAACGGCGUCGCCAUAAUGACGCCGACCGCACGACACAUAGCCGACGCCUUCUACCGGCCGCAGACCACCAAAAAGGCUCUCUUCUACGGAUGCUCCACCGGCGGCGCGCAGGCAUAUGCGCUCGCGCAGUUCCAUCCGGAGCUCUUUGACGGCAUCGUCUCGUCCUGCGCGCUGGACUCCUUCUCCCGCCUCAUGAUUGCGUUUCUGUGGAGCCGCGAAAAGACAAAGGGCAAGUCCGAACUGCCCCUGGAGACGCUGAGGAUGAUCAGGCGGGAGGUGCUGGACAAGUGUGAUGCUCUGGACGGCGUCGUCGACGGUCUCGUGGAGAACCCGCUGGCCUGCGACUUUGACUACCGCUCACUCGCCUGCGCCGACCCUCCGGGUCCUCCGGGUCCUCCGGGUUCUCCGUCGCGCUGUCUGAGCCCGGAUCAAAUGAAGGCAGUUGAGGCACUCUCCCAAGGACCCAAAGAUGCCCGCACCAACGCCACCAUUUAUCCAGGAUUUCCUGUGUCGACCGAGACGGAAUGGGAUCUCCAACCGGCGUGGCUGGUAAACAUUUUCGCCACGCCGCUGAUGCAGAAUCUCGUCUUUAAAAAUCUCACAUGGAACCCUGACACGUUCGAUUUCGGCCAAGAUGUCGACAGGGUCCAAAGCGAGGCGGGUGCAUUUAUCGAUUCCGUCAGUCCCGACCUAUCGGCCUUUCGCAAGGCCGGCGGCAAGAUGAUUGCCGUCCAAAGCUGGGCUGACCCAAUGGUGGGAGCGUUCCAUGCGAUCGACAAGCUCAAGGCGGUCGAGGAGAAGCUUGGAAACGGCCAGGGGGUGGGCGAUUUCUACAGGCUGUUCAUGGUGCCUGGUGGUGGGCACUGCACCUCGGCCAGGACCUAUCCUCAGGUGCCGGGAAACUGGCACUCCAUCGAGGCUCUGGCGGACUGGGUAAGGUCGGGUAAGCCUCCGGAGAAGAUGCUAGGCACCGAUCCUGCAGAUGCGAGUAAGAAAGGCAAGACCAUGAAGCUGUGUCCGUGGCCAAAGACUGCCAAGUUUGUCGGGGGCGAUCCGGACGAAUGGAGCUCUUUCAACUGCGAAUAGACGUUUUACACUGGAAAAGUUUGCAUUUGGUCUCACUUGCAUUCAUCCUCGUGGUGCGCAAGUUUGGGUCGGUUAUAUCCCGGCCUCAUUUCCUUUUGCGCUUGUGCGGUUUAUUACCGGACAACAAAGCCAGACAGAUAUCAUCCCAUGUCUGCAAAACACCGUCGUCUAGAAUUUGUCUGGGCUAAUCAAUUGUACAUACCAUCAACAACAUGAACAAACAUUUCCGUUUGAUUUUGAGGACAAAUGGGGAAACUCGUUACCGACUGCCCUGUCACUGAUGUUGCUCUUUGAUGGAGCGGGCUUACGGUUACUGCACGUGGUGUGAUUAGCUAUUGUGACUCG